UACUUUAAUCAAACAAAAUCUUCCUGUUUGAGCAAAAAAUGGGUUUAAACGGUUACGCACGAAGCCCCAGAGAGGCUUUCCAUUUUUAAAUUCAGGCUCAAAAACUUCUCCACAGUCCUAGCCUAGAAGGGUUUCUCUCGAUUCUCUUCAACAUCCCUUCCGGUCAAUACUCUCCUUCCUCCCCAGAAUGAGUAGUCGUAAUCCUGAAGUUCUAUGGGCUCAGCGUUCGGAUAAGGUUUAUCUGACCGUUUCUUUACCGGAUGCCAAAGAUAUUUCUGUCAAGUGUGAACCUCAUGGGUUAUUUAGCUUCUCUGCAAAGGGGUUGCAGGGUUCAUCUUUUGACUUCACUUUGGAACUCUUUGGCUCCAUUGUGCCUGAGGGCUGUAAAACUAAGGUUAGCUUGAGGAACAUAAUUUGCUCCAUCCAAAAAGAACAAAAAGGUUGGUGGAAAAGGCUCUUGAAAACAGAAGAAAAACCUGCUCCAUACUUGAAGGUUGACUGGAACAAAUGGUGUGAUGAGGAUGAGUCAGACUCCGCUUUGACUUCUGAUGACGAACUGGAAUAUAUGGGCCAAGAUGAUGGAAGUGGCGAGGAUGGAGGAAUGCUUUAUCUUCCAGACUUGGAAAAGGCAAGAGGAAACUAGGAAAGGGGGCUGUAAAUAGCCAACAACUUAGAAGGUGAAGUUUGUAUAGUAAUAGCCCAGAACAAUUAGAUUACUUUCUUGAUUGAGUUCUGUAUCAAAUCUGAUUGGUGCCGAUAAAGCUGUCUAAACUUGGCAUUUUUAAGCUGCACUUAUACAUUCGUCUGCUCUCUCAUUAGCUGAUUUUGCAGCCUCAUUGUUCAUCAAUUUCUCCUUUCGUUUUUUCAUAUAUUCAUAAACCUUCCUUUACAUUUUAACUUCGAAA